CUCGGCGCAGUCGUGUCCCCUCGGCCGAAAACGACCACCGUUUUCGUAUCCCUGUGCGCGGGUUCCAUUCACGAAUCCGUGCUGCGAAAACCUGCCACCUCUGCGCGGUCGCUGAAAAAGGGUGGAAGCGUGGACGAGCGUUGGUGUUCGUCGCGAAACGAGGUCGUCGAAGGCGUCGUCGUCGUUGAACUCGACAGGCGUGUCGUGAAAUCGUUGCUCGGUCAGGGUUGGCCCUGAAAGCAACAGGGUUGCCCGUUUCCUCGACGUCGAAAAGGGUUGGCCUGCUCGGAAGAGUUCAUUUCAGUUCGUCCGGUUACGACGGUUAAAGGUUCCCUUCACCGAGGAUCUUCGUUUCGGGGCGCAUCAACGCGAGAUGUUCUAGGGUCGACGCCGGACGUCGUCGGCUAUGAACGCGGUGGAUUAUGCCUGAUCGUGGAACCGAGGAAAGGAGAUAAAAGUGUUUUUUCGGGGCAAAAGCAACCCGGCGGGCGAGGGGGCUCCGGGAUCCGAGCAACAGGAAAAUACGGGCUCGAUGCCGGAGGCUUCGGGAUCAGGGUUGGCCGACGAGGCGGAUUAUUCGACUUUCGAGAAUAAGACCGGCUUGGCCGACGACAUGAAGUUUCUGGCGAGAAUGCCAGAACUCUGCGAUGUGACCUUCCUCGUCGGUGAGACCAGAGAGCCAGUUUGCGCUGUGAAGGCUGUCCUGGCGGCGAGGAGUAGAGUGUUCCACAGAAUGCUUUACCAAGCGCCGAGUCCGCAGCGCAAGAAGGAACCACCGCCGCGGGAAAACAAGAUACGUCUGUUCCUGAAGAGAAGCUCCGAGCCGCUGCUGAACCUGCAGAACGCGGCGCAACAGCGGUCAGGGUUCACGCAGCAGUUGGCUCCCAUACAAGAGCCACAGCCGAAUCAGCAUCACACUUUAAUCAUCGAGGAAUUCGAACCGGACGUGUUUCGACAGUUGAUCGAGUACAUCCACACGGGAUGCGUGAUGCUACAGCCUAGAACAUUAUUGGGUGUAAUGAAUGCUGCUGAUUACUAUGGAUUAGACGAGCUUAAGAAAGCUUGCUCCGGAUUCGUGCAGUGCUGUAUAACGGUGGACACGGUGUGCGCUUUACUGGCAUCAGCCGAACGAUACAUUCAGUACAAAUGUACAAAAUCUUUGGUCCAAAGGGUGCUGGAAUUUGUCGACGACCAUGGCAACGAAGUGUUGAAUCUAGGAUCCUUCACUUUGCUUCCUCAACAUGUAGUUCGUUUAAUCCUGGCAAGGGAGGAGCUUCGCGCCGACGAGUUUGCCAAGUUCCAAGCGGCCUUGAUGUGGAGCAAGAAAUACUACGACAGCAAUCAGACCACGCCCUUGAAGGACGUCAUCGGCAACUUUCUAGAGUACAUCCAAUUCCACAAAAUUCCCACGAACGUGUUGAUGAACGAGGUCCGCCCCUUAAACCUGGUACCCCACGAAAUCAUGAUGAACGCGUUGGCCUAUCAGGCAGACCCAACCAGUAUCGACCCGGGAAAACUCUCCCCCCACAGAGUGAGGCGGCCAGGUUGCAGCAUGUCGGUGCAGUCCUCUGUGGAUCAGCGCGGUAGCACCACGACAUUGAGCUCGAGUGGUUCCGACGCAGGCUCCGAUCAGAAACAACAUUCAGGUAGCAACUAACCUCCGGCCACGGCCGCACUGACCGCGGCCGUUUCGGACGAGUCCCGACGCGAGGGAAUUCCUAUUAACGAUGCGGUCUCGCACCCGCUUGAAGGUAAAAACAGCACAGCGGAGCAGGAAACGGCCAACGAGCAGCUGCAACG